AUGCCGGCCCAGACCAUCACGAACGGCGUCAACGGCGUCAACGGCCACGGCCUGGCCUCAAAACACGACAACAUCAUCCAGACGCUCAACGGCAUCAAUGCGGACUCGUUUGAGAACGAUGGCCAGCGCAUCGAAGCCGUCACGGCCGCGUACGCCCUGGUGGCGCGCCUCGAAACGCCAUGGGACUUUGUGCUGAGGCUUGUCAUGGGCCAGCCCGCUCUCGGCGCCGCGCUCAAGGUCGCCAUGGAUCUGCAACUCUUCCACGAGUGGCACACGGCCGGCGACGGAGAGAAGACGCUCGCGCAGAUCCAAGAGCUGGUGCCCAAAAUCGAAACCAAGCUGCUUUCCCGGAUCCUGCGGCACUUGGCGGCGAACCACGUUCUGGAGGAGCCGUCGGCGGGUGUCUUUAAGCCGACGGCGCUCUCCGUCUCUUUUACCAAGCCCGUGUUUGGCGAGUGGAUCAACCAUCUGCGCAGCUACGAUGCCACGCUCCCCUGCUUCUUCAAGAUGCCGCGCCACCUCGCCCAGACAAAGUACCGCAACCCCGUGGAUCCCGAGGACGGCAUCUUCCAGUACGCAAAGGACUGCCGCGGCCUCGACAUGUUCCACUUCUACCAGCAGGACGAGAACCGCGCCGAGGGCGAGUCCUUCAACCACGUCAUGGGCGGCGUCAUGGCCACCCAGGCCGGCUGGCUCGACAUCUUCCCCCACGACACGCUGCUGGCCACGGCCCGGCCCGACGGUCCCGUGCUCGUCGACGUCGGCGGCAGCAUCGGCCACGACAUGGAGCGCUUCCGCGCCGCCCAUCCGCACGUCGCCGCCCGCCUGUACGUCGAGGACCUGCCCGAGGUCGUCAAGCUGUCCAAGUGCCCGGAUCCCGUCAACAAGCUGGGCCAUGACUUUUUCACGCCCCAGCCCAUCAAGGGAGCCCGCGCCUACUACAUGCACGGCGUGCUGCACGACUGGUCCGACGAGCCGGCGCGCAAGAUCCUCGAGAUGCAGCGCGACGCCCUGACGCCCGGCUACAGCAGCCUGCUGAUCCACGACCACAUCGCGCCCGAGACCGUCGCGCACCCGCACACCACGGCCUACGACCUGACCAUGAUGGUCAUGGUGGCCGGCGAGGAGCGCACCGAGACGCACUGGCGCGCCCUGCUGAAGUCGGCCGGCUACCGCGUCGUCAAGAUCUGGUCGUCGCCGCUGGCCGUGCAGCGCAUCAUCGAGGCGGAGCUCGACGUGUAG